ACUUGUGUUUGCGUUAUAAGUAUAAAUACAGUUAAGUCGAAAAAAGCCACCGUAAAGCUCGUACAAGUACGCGAAAGACUCAACAGUAGUUUGUGUUGUGAAAUUUGAAGUUAAAGUCGAGUAAGUUAGUUGUUUGGAAAAAAUGUUAACGAAGAAGCGAGAUAUAAUCAAAGAGUGUUUUAAUGGUAACAAUGGAGUUGGCGGCAGACCGAAGCCUAAAUCACUGUUAAAAUGGACUCGGAAGAUUCGCGUGACGCAUCUUCCGACAACGAAAGCGAGAGAAAAGGGCCCCACAGCCCGGCCAGUUCUAGGUCUAGGAGCCGAGCCUCGCAAGCGGCCUCGGUCCUAAGUCGGUCGGCGUCCCCGCAAAGCGGGCCCGAGUCGCCCCGGUCGGCCUUAAGCAGGUCGACGUCCCCGGAAGACAGGUCGCGAAGCGGCCCCAAGUCACCGGCCAGUGCCUCGUCGCGUAGCUCCCCCGAGAACCCCCCGAACGGCGACGGCCCCAGAUCCCCCUCUCCUGCCAACUCCUCCAGGUCCAGCUCCCCCAAAAGCCCCAAACGCUCAGAAAGUCGUAGCUCAAAACAUUCACUCUCGCCUGAUCGGGUCACUAACGUUUCCGACAGAUCGGGCUCCUCGGCCGCCAAGAGGUCCGACAAUGAGGACGGAAACACGUCCGAUUCGAGCGUCGCCAGUGUGGAUUCCUCCAGUCGCAAGAAUAAAAAUAUCACGAAAAAUGUUGAUACACUACCAGAGGAAAUUUCCGACGGUGAUAUGGAAUCAGACCAUGAAAAGGAGCCGGAACGCAAAAAGGAAGAACCGAAGAAUGUGAGACAGGAAAUCAAUAUUAACCAUGAAGACCUGUCCGACGUUUCCGAUUUAGACGAAUCUAUUGGAGGCCAUUCGGACGACGAACGCGACAAAAACGAGGAGAAAAAACAGAACGGAGAAACGAAAAAAGAAGACGUCGAAAUACCCAUUUCGGAAAAAACAAGUCGGCCGGAAGACGGUGAAGAACAGUUGGAUUUUGAGGCAGAAGAUGGUGAAUGCGAAAUGGAGGAAAAAAAGGACAAAGAUGAGAAAGAUACAGGUUCUUUGGUUGAGGAUGGCGAAAUGGCGGAACAAAAAGAGAAGGAAAAGGAGGAGCUUGAAGAGGGUGAAGUUACAGAUGAGGACGAGGUCAGGCCUGAAGAGACAGAACCUAGACCCGUGUGCAGAUUUUUCUCGAGGGGGCAGUGCACAUGGGGGGCGAGUUGUCGAUUUUUACAUCCAGGGGUUACGGAUAAAGGAAAUUAUACAAUGUUUGAAUUGAUUCGGCCUGUCGUUCCUGGUGAAUACGGAAGAGAGGAGCGAUCCUACGGUAGACCAGAACCAGCACCUGUUGAAUCCGCUUGGGAACGAGGUCUUCGCACAGCCAAAGAAAUGGUCCGAAAAUCGAUAAAACGUAAAGAACAAGACAUCGAUUUUGAAGAAAAGAAAAUGAAUUUGAGUCUGGCACAAGAGGAAUUUGACAAAGAAAACGGUUAUUACGGACGCGUUGCAUCGCCAGAACCCAGAUAUGUAAGACACGUUCCCGUUGAAUAUCCACCAGUCGUUCGGCCACCACCAGCUGAAGAAUAUUACGGCCGAAGACAAGUCAUAUACGAACCAGAUUACGUAGCACCGCCACGAGAACGUGUCCGAACGUACAGAGAACUUCCAUCACAUAGAAUGCCCGAUUUUUACAACAAUAAAUACGAAGAUGAGGCAGUUCCAGCAAGCACAAAAACCCGCAAGCCUAAACGUGAAGUCAUCGUUCAGAGAGCAGCAGAAGAACGACCUGUGCGAGGAGACGAAUGGUCGGAUCCUUGGAUGCGGUCAAAAUCACCAGCAGGUCGCAAAGCUUCGGGACGAAAACGUUCGUACAGUUCCGGUUCGAGUUAUUCUUCCAGCAGUUCGUCUAGAAGUUCAUCGGAAUCUAGUCGUAGUUCAUUCCGGUCAAGAUCGAGGUCUCACAAGAGAUCAAGUCGUUCGCAUCGCAGUAGACACGUCUCGCCAUCUGUUAUUGUUUCAGAGAGAAAAGCCGCCAAUGAGCGAGCGGCUUUAAUGAACCCGCCAGCUCCGCGAAAACGAGCACCCUCACCUGGAAUGAUGAGGGUUAGUGCAACAAAUCCUCCCGCACCGGUCAAGGAGGAUCAGUUCGGUCGCACGAGAAGUAAAAUGGCAAUAGCUGCGGCUUUAGCAAGGGUGAAAGGGCGGCGAAGAUCUUCGAAGUCGUCUUCGGAUAGUUCCGGAUCGAGUUCAAGUGAUUCGGAUUCCUCAGGAUCGAGUAGUUCGUCAAGUCGGGAGGAAAGUUCGCCGCGAAGGACGAGUGGUGUGGAUAUUUCAAUAGCCAAAGCCAUGGAUGCGUUGAAAGGAAGUUCGUCGGAGAAACGGCAAAUCAAACUAAAUUUGAAAAACCCAGUAGGUGCGCGUAAGCCGGAAAUUUCGGACAUUGCGCGUAAAACGGAAGCGUUACAAGGUAAGAAACGUCCGGCGAGUUCGCCGCCUCCAUUGGAUCCCAAGUCGAAGAAGGCGACGUCACGAAGAGAGGAGUUACUCAAACAGUUGAAAGCGGUGGAGGAUGCCAUAGCAAAAAAGAGGUCAAAAGUGAAUUGAAAUCGAUUUAUCACAGCAAUUCCUUUAUAAGGGAUGUUUGCCUAACCAGUGUUUCUUACACACGAUUUUUGUGUGGAUUUUGAAUCGGCACUGUUUGUAGAAUUGUGUCAUUGAUGUUUUUCAUGAAUGAUUUCAAAUUAGGUGCUUUUUUUCUAGAGUAGGUUAUUAAAUGACUGACGUUUAGCGUUAUGAUUACUAUAUCGUAGUAAUUUAAUUCACAGUAAAUUGAAUUGUGAUUUUAAUAGCAUGUAACAUAUUAAUGUAAUAAAAACAACCUUCAUUUUAUUCGUUUGUUUAGGUGGUUCUAUGUGGAUUUUUCAUGUUAGUAUUAACGGGUGCCUACAGUGAAUUUAAAGACUUCUAUUCUCGAAUGAAAGUAUUAUUUUACACUUGUUUACUGGUCAAUUUGCUAGCUGGUUGAAAAGAUGUACACUUCAUGACAAUUUUACUCUUUUUUAAAGUUUUGUGUAAAUUUUGGCAAACAAACGUCUGUAUAAAGUAAGUAGAACGUGGACUUUAAUAUUCUGGAUUAUUUCUAAAUAUUUUGAUAUUUAUAAUUUAAGUAAAGUACAUAUUUGCA